GGAAUUAGGGGAAGGAGUGCAGUGGGCUGAUAGAGCUUACCUAGCUGGGGAGCCUGAGGCUUGGAAGACUGCUCUAGGGCCUAAGGACCUGUGUUGUCUUGCACCUGCUGGGUUUACUGAGCUAUUGUCUGUCUGUGUCUUCCCAGCUCAGCCCCAGAACUCCAUACCUGAUGGAUUCUUACCUGCUGAACCUUCCACUUGGAGCCAAGAUCCAUGUGGACCUCAAGUCCAACCCAGUCUUCUGCAGGGGAAAGCUGGGGGAAAAGCUUAAUGGGCCAUGUCCUUCUUUCAAUCUGGAUGAUCCCUACAUCUACCAGCCAAGCCUGAAAUACAACUGCCUGCAUGACCCCCACCUUCGGGACUACCACAAGCGCAAGGACAUCCUGCGGAUGCUGAAGAGACAAGGCUCUGUCACCAGAGACAACAAGGUGGUUUGCACUCUGAAGGAGUUCAAUGAGUACAGGGAGUACCUGACCAGGAUCAAGUUGCGAUCAGAGAAGAUCUUGGGGCAGCAAGAGGGCCCUUUCUCCUCAGACCAAGCUGCCCCAGAAGUUCUGCAGAAGCAUUUGCUGUCGCUGUGCUGGGUGAAUAUCUAA